GUGGCUGACUUGACAGACUGUGUGUCGGUGAAAGUGAAACUAAAAUGAAAAUGGACUUGAGGGGAAAACCACUGAUCUCUACACACUAGAGUCUGAGUGUUAUCAGCAGCUCGGAGAAGAAUCUGUCAGCAGAAGGGAAACAAACACCAUGACCGACUUUUCUACCAUUUAUAAACUCUGCCUGCUCACUGUCACCUGCUGCAUCCAAGCCUGCAGCAGCAGCAGCAGGUGUCCGGCGGUGGAGUGCUGGUUAGUACAGGACCAUGUGAGUCGUAGAGGAGCGACGACCCAGGAAAAGUCUCUGCUUCAUAUCAGGACAGACGCAAACAGCCGAGAUGCAGCGUCAGAACAGAUUCCCUCCGACAUCAACCCGGACAGAGUCUUCUUUAUUACAGACCCGGCUGCCACGCUCUGCCACCAGUCCCUCAGCCCCCCCACCAGAGGCUCGCUGCAGAAGGCCCAGUGUGAGAUCAGCCCCUUCCUGCAUCAGCUCUCCAAACUCAAAUGGGUUGCUCCUCUCACAGUCACUGGCUUCAGCCCCGUGUACCUGCAAGCUGAUUGGUUCUCGGCUGCGCUACUGGGGCUCAACAAACAGCUGGUCAUUUCCAGCAUCAUGCGGGCUCCCACGGCAACCAAAGAGCCAAAUGUGAUCCUGAGUGUCAGCAGUAAAACCGUCUCAAUACAGGCCCGGCUCGGGAAGCCAGUGCUGCUGGACUGUGGUUUCUGGGUAGAUCCUUCCUCGCCUCUGUCCGGGUCGGGUUUCGCCGUCGAGUGGCGUUACCAGUUCAGUGGCAAAGGACGACUGGUUCUGGCUUACGACGGCAAGACAGACCGUGUGGCUGACACCCAGGAGGAAGGGGCCACACUGGACUUUGAGGGUUUGCACCAGAAAGGAAAUGCAUCCCUGAUCCUGCAGGAGGAAGUGGCCACCGGGACGUAUAUUUGCAUCGUGCAUCUGCCGUACCUUCAGGGUCAGGUGGCGGUGGAGCUUGAGAUUGUAGAACCUCCAUCCCUCUCCAUCCACCCCUCCCCUCUUCCUCUCGCUGUUCCCGGACAGACUUUGGUUGUCCAGUGUGAAGCGUCCGGCUUCGCCCCGGUCUCCCUGGAGCUGAGCUGGGAGUUUAAAGGCGCAGAUGGGAAGUCCAGACCUCUGGAAUCAGCCAGCGUAACGGGCCACAGGCAGGCGUGGGAUGGCACCUACGACCAGAGCACCCGGCUGGAGCUCGACACCUCUAACCUGGGCACGGGGGGGGAGCUCACCUGUGUGGCCGUCCACCCUGGAGGCACACGACGGGCCAGCACGUCCCUCAGUGUCAUCGGAUUCGGUUCUCCGUCUAUUGAGGACUCGAUGGCGAUGGUUGGUGUGGCGCUCGUGCUCUACGGUCUCAUCAAGUUUGUCUCCUGGACCUUUUCCAGCUCAGGCACUGAUGUGGCAGAUAAAGUGGAAAAGAAAGAGAAGUAAAGAAGUCGACUGAGGUGUGACACUGAGCCAACACCAACCGUCUGCUUUGAAAACUCUGGAGUGAUUGUUUCCUUUUUCUUUCAGACAAUUAUGUCGAGUUUAGCGAUAAAUCUGUGUGAACAUUUGUUUUUAGAGAGUUGUUUUUUUCUACAGAUCUUGCUGGACGCCUUUUUGAGCUUUAUUUAAUUCUGUUUUAACUAUUUUCAUAUUCUAUAUUUUUGUGCAAAAGUAAUAACAGGCAGGAAUCAGGUACGUUUGAAAGGAACGGGGUUUCUGCUCAUCUAAAAAAUCCUGUUGUAUUAUUCUCCUGUAAAGUGACAUAUUGUUGGAUACUGGAUCAUUUUACAAACACUGGAAAUAGAACAACAAAUAUGUGUAAUGAUGCUCCCUGUACAACAAUGAUCACCACUGAGAAGGAAAACACUUGUGCACCACAUUGUGCAAAUAAAACAGUGCACAAUUUGUACAUUGUAUAAAAAUAAAAAUGCUUCAUGUA